AUGAAAAGAGUAUGGGAUGGUAUUGUUCAGUGGAUAGGGAAAAAACCAAAAAUUGAAGAUAAAUCAUCAGACCUAGUUUUACCUGCAGAAGAAAUGGAAGAGACUUUAUUCUGGGAGUUAUUAGUUAUUUUGAGUGAAAUGAAAGAAUGUGGUUGUUUUGAAGAAGGAAAAGAAGAAAUUAUGAAAUGGCAACAACACUUUAAUGACCAAAUGAAAAUUAAAGAAUAUGAAGAAAAAAGCAUUCUCAAAAAAACCCCAGAAGAAAUCACUUUAGAGGAAAAUACAAAGAUAGAAAAUUUAGAAAAGAAAAUGGUUGAUGUAUCAAGAAAACUUGAACAACUUGAAAAAGAGAUUUCUUUUAAAAACAAUAACCAAAUUAAUAAUGAUUCAGAAGAUGAAGAAAUUCAUAAAUCAAGUAUUUUUAGAGAUCAUUAUAACAAAGAAAAAAUUGUACGUAUUGCACAAUUAAAAUAA